CUCAGUAUGAAGUCGGUGAACCCAUACGGAGAAUGCGUCUGCGUGGGCUGCUAUCCAAACACAGGCACGCAGUACGUCAGAGACAUGGAUGACGGAUGCAGACAUGGACUGAGCCUGGUCUUGGACGUGGAGCUGAACGAAUACCUCCCGCUCAGUGUCGAAGCCGGAUUCGCCAUUAUGGUUCACUACCCUUGGCGCGAGAUCGACGUCGCCAAGGAUGUCACGUUUGUUGCACCCGGCUUCUCUACAUACAUAACCGUCGACCGUGCUGAGUUUCGGAGGCUGGGCCACCCCUAUCAAAACCCGUGUCGCGGUCAGUGGCCGCCCGAGAUAAGCGAAUACGUCGACAGCGAGAAGCACUACACGGCGCAUGAAUGCCGUGACUACUGCUACCAAGUACAUAUCUUCGAAGCUUGCGGUUGCGUUUCUCCGCAUUACAUGCGCCCGGGCAGAGGCUCCAUUAACGACGCUCCCAUCUGUCCAACCGAAAACACUGCUGGUGACGAAUACCUCAAGCGGCGAUGA